AUGAAAACGAUGAGCGAUCGAUUUGCGAAUCUUGGUCCUCUGGGAUUUCACUUGACAAAUCCAUUAAAAUACAUUUUUAUGGUACAUCACAGUGAUGUUAUGAAAGAGUGUAUAAGUCUUAUGAGAUCUGAUUGGGUGGAGGCUGUCUUAAAAGAGGAGCAAGCUGUAAUGUUGAGGAGUGCCAAUUUAGGACGUAGUUUGACAAAAGUGUGCGCUCUAUUCAUGUAUAGCGGUGGAAUAUUUUUCCAAGCGAUGACUAUUUUCAAACCAACAGAGAUUGAUGAGUUUAAUAUAACAAUUAGACAGCACGUUCUACCGAGAUAUGAUUAUUUUGUGGAUUCUCAAAUCAGUCCAGUAUUUGAAAUAGUCUAUGGUAUACAUGUGUUUUGUGGACUUUUUCUUUAUACUAUUGAAAUAGCAACGUGCAAUUUAGCUGGGGUUUUCGUUGGGCAUGUUUGUGGACAAGUGCAAGUUAUGCGAUUGAAAUUGGCGACACUUGAGAAUUUGACAAAUCUUGGAAAUGACAGAGAAAUUGAUGAUUCCAUAGCAUCCGUCAUACAUUGUCAUAUGACGUCUGAAUGGUGCAGAUUUGCCGGAAAUAUUCGAAAGGCUUUACGUGAAAUUUGUUUAGUGGAGGUGAUAUAUUCGACUGUUGCCAUGUGCUGGUUGGAAUUCUUCUGUUUGAACGAAUGGAGUAACAGUGAGAUCUUGUCUCUAGUGACUUACAUCAUGACUUUCAUAUCCUUGACAUUCAAUAUUUUCAUAUUGUGUUACAUCGGGGAGAUCUUAAAAAAUCAGUGCGAAUCUGUGGCUCAACUGACGUAUGCAAUUGACUGGUAUAAAGUCUCUCAAAGAAAACUUCUGUCUUUCAUUCUAAUUAUUGCUAUGGCAAAAUAUCCGCGAAAUAUAACAGCUGGAGGAAUGCUGGACUUGACCCUCCGCAGUUUCGGUGAUGUAUUGAAGACAUCACUGGCAUAUUUUCAAAUGUUGAGAACAAUCACUAUGUGA